CUCCUUCCUUCUCAACAGUCUCCUCUGUUUCAGUUUGUCGGCAAAUUACAGAGCUGCCAAAUUUUAUUUACAUGUCAAUUCGAUUCCUUCGAGGACGAGCUUCUGUUUCUUCAGGAAAUCCCUAGCUUUAUUGGAUGAUCUGAUAAUAUAAACUAGAAAGCGAAAAUUUAUUCCACUCGGCAGAUCUGAUCAUUUCAAAUGGAGAGGAUCAUCGGAGGGAAGUACAAGCUUGGCCGCAAGAUCGGUAGCGGAUCUUUCGGAGAAAUCUUUCUAGCUACUCAUGUUGAUACGUUUGAGAUCGUCGCAGUGAAGAUCGAAAACAACAAAACGAGGCAUCCUCAACUGUUUUACGAGGCUAAGUUGUACAAAGUUCUUCAAGGAGGAAGUGGUAUUCCUGGCGCCAGAUGGUCUGGCGUUGAUGGGGAAGAUAAUGUACUUGUAUUGGAUUUGCUGGGGCCAAGUCUUGAAGAUUUGUUUGUGUACUGUGGAAGGAAGUUCUCUCUUAAGACAGUCUUGAUGUUAGCUGAUCAGAUGAUAUCAAGAAUUGAGUAUGUACAUUCUAAAGGAUUUCUACAUAGGGACAUUAAACCUGAUAACUUCCUCAUGGGCCUUGGUCGGAAAGCAAAUCAGGUAUAUAUUAUUGACUUUGGGCUAGCGAAAAGAUAUCGUGAUCCAGGAACCAAUCGCCAUAUUCCUUACAGGGAGAAUAAAAACUUGACGGGCACUGCACGUUAUGCAAGUUGUAAUACUCAUCUAGGAAUUGAACAAAGUCGUAGGGAUGAUCUAGAGUCACUUGGAUAUGUACUUCUAUAUUUCUUGAGAGGAAGUCUUCCAUGGCAAGGGUUAAAAGCUGCAAAUAAGAAGCAAAAGUAUGACAAAAUAUGUGAGAAGAAAUUGGCGACCCCAAUAGAGGUUUUGUGCAAGUCGUACCCUGUGGAGUUUGCUUCGUACAUGCAUUACUGCCAUUCAUUGAAUUUUGAUCAGAGACCUGAUUAUGGAUUCUUGAAGCGACUAUUCCGCGAGUUGUUCAGUCGACAGGGGUAUGAUUUUGAUUACAUAUUUGAUUGGACCAUCCUGAAAUACCAGCAGUCACAAAAGACCAAACCUCAGCCACAGUUAUCUCAGCCACUUCCUGGUGAGGGUCAUAGUAGAGCAACUGUAUCUGAUGUCGAUAAACAUCGUCAAGUAGGCGACCACACUUUAUAUUCUGCGGGGAUUUCAGAGCAUAUGAAACUAGAGAAUAGCGAUGGUCCAGGCAUCCGGAUGCAAUUUAAGUCACCUACUACUGGGAAUUUGAACUUUGACAAUCCCCUGAAGAGAAAUAUAUUGAGCAAUUCAGACUUGCCAUCUACCUCAUUUUAUCCACCUGGAGUUUCUAAACAGAAAUCCUCAAGACCUGCUGAAAAUACCAGUUCUUCUCAUGCUAAUGGCGAUAAGACCCGCCCUUCAAGCAGCUGGAUUCCAUCCCUCCACCGAAUAUCUUCUGCCAAGUGAUAAAAUAUAUGAAUCUGGAUUUUCAAAGCCUAUUGAUGUCAGCCUGAAUCUGGAAGAGUGCUAUGAGUGUACAAAAGCAAGACUGGUUUGCGCUCUUAGUAUGCCCUCAAGGUGACUAAUAUAUAUAUAUAUAUAUUGGUUAGUCAUUUCGACAGGAACCAAACCCAGAGCCAGCGGGGUCUUCUGUGAUGUAUAUAGACAUCAGACAAUCUCUCAUAAUUUGCAUGGUUCAAUCAUCGUUGUAAUGGAAAGUCUUUUUCAUGACUGAACAAGAACAGAUCUACAUGUUUUUUUUUAUUUAAUUUUUCCUGUGUGAUUGUCAAAUUCUCACAUUGUAAUAUAUUAUUUUGUAUAAUUGGAUAAAUCCUCUACCUAGAAAGAAAAUCAUUUUCUUUCUUGGCUUCUGAAUUUGAUUUUUUUUUAUUGGUAAUCAUAGCAAAACCAUCUAGUU